UCCAUUCCGUUAUUUAAUCUUCUCGUUAUACCGGUACUACUCAAGGACAGAUUCAUUUAUUUGCGGUCUAAUUCACGAAUUAGAUGUGAAUGUUAUUUAUGGCACUGUGGGCGCGAACGUGGAAUAGCCUGUAUCUGCACGCGUGCCUCUGCACGUCGCCAACGAACUUCUCUCAUUCACGCGUGUACACGCGCCCACGCACGAACGCGUCUACCGCCCACGAAGACGACGGGAAAAUAUAUUGUACGUUGCUCUUCGUCGGAGCACAACAUAACUACAACGAUGUAACAAUUGUUGAGCGCGCCCAACAAUUACGCUGUAAAGACAAAGUGGGAAUUCAGCAUCUUUUAUCUUUUCUCCCUUCCCUUUUUUUAUCUCCUUUGCUUUUCUCUUUUUUCGCUUAAAUCCUUCCUUUCCUAAUUUUUUUCUCCACUUUUACCUUCUCUCCUGACCUUCUUUUCCUUUUUUUUUUUCAUUUUUUUCUUCCUCUUCGUUUAUACUUCCGUUGGUGUGCGUUUCCAUUCUCUUUUUCCCCCAUUGACCUCGCGUGCAUUUCGAUGAGAAGAAAGAGAGCAACUCCAACGGGACCGUCGGUCUUUACGCCAUUGAAUGAGAGACGAUCAGUCGUGGUGCAGGUGCCAGAAAGAGUACGCACAUUAGCGAAUGAUCGUUGGACAAGGACGAGCGUAGCGGUCGCGGGAGUGGGCAGGAAACGGUUCGGUUCGGACUAUGUAAGACGACGAGGCGGCGGCCGAGGGGUCCGAUCGAGUCGAGUUUCCAUCGAGACCGGAGUAGUGUCCGAUCGGCCGUCGCGGCGCGUGGAGCUUUACGCCGUUUGUAAUUCGUUUGUGUCGUUCAAAAUCGUAGGAUACGACUGAUCAGCGGAGAACCCGAUCAGGUUCAGUCCGAAGUCUUGCUCCGGGUAGAUCACCGCGAACGUCUCGAUUAUCCACGCGAGAGAGUCUUCAUGAAUUGGAGAACGGGACAUCCUCGAUAAAAAGUGCAGGAUUGAGAUGAAUCCCAUCGCCGACAGGAACACGCGAGAAGUAGUGAAGUGGUGACGACGUAAAUUCUACCGCGACGUCGGUGUCUUGCGCGGAUUUCACUCCCGAUAUUUUGUUCGCGUGUGCUUGACGUGACCGUUUCGGUGAUCGAUCUUACUGGCGUAAAAUCUUCUCGAGAAGGAAGAAGAGAAAAAAUAAAGAUCGAAGCUCCUUUCCUCGUCAUAUUGUUAUCGGUAUUAAUUUAACGACAUACGAAAUGGAGGACACGACGUCCGGACAAGAUCCGUCCAAUAUCCUUCUGAUAUCAAAGAUCGGCGCGAUGGUCGGUCUUGGCUUUGGUUCCCUCGCAUUGGGAACGCUGCCAUUGAUGGUGGGACGUUACAGAGCCAAGAAACAACUUCAGAAACGUCAGCAGGCGAUGUCUUCCAAUUCUAGCACUUCCACGUCCACUUCAACAUCCGACGCUUCCUCGCCGCACGUUGAUUCGGCCUCCGCGGCGAAUAAGCAAGGUCUCUUGACGUCACUCUUGCUCUGCUUCGGCGGUGGCGUGCUCCUGUUCACGACGUUCAUACAUCUGGCACCGGAAGUUCGCGCUAGCGUAGAGACACAUCAGUCGAAUAAACAACUGCCCGAUUUGGGUUCCCUCGGUCUGGCUGAGCUGCUUUUCUGCGGUGGUUUCUUCCUCGUUUAUUUGGUCGAGGAAGCUGUGCAUGCCGCCCUUACUGGCAAACCCGAGUCUUCGGAAGCAUUACUUUACCGAACAGUGUCGGUGCGCAGAUGCAACAACAAUCAGACAGGUCCAUCAAGUUCGUCGGUGAUGUCGAAUGGCUCGAUCACCACCGUGUCCACGACGACCAAGUCCACCGCGUGGAAAGACACCAAUGAUGCCGAGGACAGUAAAGAUCCGGCAAACCGGCUGAAACUCCAGCUCAAUGAUUCUCGCGAUCAAGCAGGCAAGGACGACAAAGUGUUGCCGCCUAUAUUCGUCCUGCCUGUCGCGUUAUCGAACGAAGAACAUAAGGUUGUUCGGAGACAUUCUGAUCUAGAAUUAGCAAUUCCGGAACUAAACUACUCGAUCAAUCAUCAUCAUUCCCAUGACCAUCAUCAUCAGCAUGGUACGAUGCAAAACACCUCAAUACAAGGACUACUGACUGUGCUCGCGUUAUCCUUUCACGCGAUAUUCGAAGGUUUAGCGGUGGGUCUGGAACCAUCUAUUAGUUCGGUCGCAUAUCUGGCAGCUGCUAUCGCGACCCACAAACUGGUGAUUGCCUUCUGCGUCGGAAUGGAGCUCUACGUGGCUGGCGCGUCGACCAAGACCACCCUUGGCUAUCUGUUAAUCUUUGCCAUGGUUACGCCGAUCGGGAUCGCCGUGGGACUCGUUCUCGCUCAUUUCAAGAACGACAGCGAUAAUUUAGGACCCACACCUACCAUACUCCAGGGCAUGGCAGCUGGUACCCUACUUUACGUGGUAUUCUUUGAGGUGCUGGCGCGAGAGAGGGCAAACGAGAAGAGCGGCUUGCUGCAACUAGUCGCUAUCAUUAUUGGCUUCACGCUGAUGCUGGGUCUACAGAUCGCCACUGCCCAUUCCCACUCACAUGAUGGCAGUGGUCACGGACAUUCACAUGGUGGCCAUGGACACUCGCAUGAUUGCCAUUCCAACCAUACGGAGAUAGAAGAGGAACAUGAUCAUGAUCAUGAUCACAAUCACAAGCAUGACGUAGUCACAGGGAUGAUCGACAAAGUAACCGACAGCAUUGCCGAGGUCCUCUCUAAUGCCCUUUCGUCCUCGACGACACCGUCGACGAUGGUACAGAGGAAUAAUAUAAACGAGACCAGUCCAUUACAUCCUCAGCGCAGUUAGGGGACCGAUCUUUAGGUUCCCGUACGUUCCAAUCUCUACGACUGAAUUCUCUUCAGUAGAGAUUUCAGCGUCAACAAAGAUCUCUCGGGAAACUCAAAGCUCUCGAGAUGGCAACAAUGCCUUUACUCAGGGGACUCUUUUCGCAUUUUUUUUUUAAUCAUUUAGCAAAGGAAAUGAAAUAUUAAAAUGAGAGGAAGAUCAGCGUUGACUUGAUUUUUUUAAUGCGUGACUAUACGAUCAGAUGGAUAUUUCUGAUGGACAUUGUGCAAAUAGCGAGAAACUCACUAUGUUCGAUAAGACAAUAUCUUUCAUUGCUACUUUGACUGGGAACGGCGUGACGUACGGAACAAACUUUCCGGAUUUCCGAUCUUUUCGCUGACUUAUCGCGACAAACAUCCUGAAAAAUUUCUCUCAAAGUCGCGAUCAGAAAAAAAGCGUUUCCGCGCCGAUAUAACGUAUCCGAGUUUAUUUUUUUAGAUUACGUAAUAGAGAAUAAGUUAAUCCGUAGUGCAUGAUUAUUUAAAUGUCUUCAAGACUUAGAUACUCUAGUAUCUAAAGUAUUUAUUGAUAGAACAUGAAGGCGUUCUCCAGAGUUAAAAUAAUUCUUGAUAGUAAUACAAAAAAAAAGAUGCUGAGCUCUUCAUUACGACGAGAGCCAAUCCAUCAAUUUCCUAAUUAUUCAACGAAUCCAAACAGGCCACGCGCAUUUAUAGUAAGAAUUUUUAAUAAAUUACCACAGAUAUUUUUUACAA